CCUCUAUAAAUAAGACCCAUUGUAUAGGCUUGCGGAACGAACGGUCCGUCUUCUUGGGGUGGCAGCUACUUAGACUGAUAGUCGUUGAGGACUCAGUGAGCGAAGAGAGAAAACCCAAAGGGCAAAAUAUAUAGAAAGAUCUAAGAUCUGCGCGGUUUUAGACCAGAAUCUCGUCGGCGCUGAAUCCGAUCGCCUUUAGCUCUGCCUAAACAUGUCUACUGUGAGCAUCUCCUCUCCUUGCCUGUUGAAAACUGGGGCCCCAAGGAACACCAGUCUUUUAAUCAAGAGUCCAGCUUCUUUGAGUUCUGUGAAGAGCGUUUCUAAGGCAUUUGGCUUGAAGGCUUCCUCAAACUUCAGAGUGUCUGCCAUGGCAGUGUACAAGGUGAAGCUGAUUGGACCAGAUGGAGAAGAGAAGGAGAUUGAUGCCCCAGAUGAUGCUUAUAUUCUUGAUUCAGCUGAAAAUGCCGGCUUGGAGCUUCCUUACUCGUGCAGGGCUGGGGCAUGCUCUACCUGUGCAGGACAGUUGGCGUCGGGCGCAGUUGAUCAGUCAGAUGGAUCCUUCCUCGAUGACAACCAGAUGGAGAAGGGUUAUGUGCUAACCUGCGUCUCCUAUCCAACCGCUGAUUGUGUGAUUCACACACACAAAGAAAGCGAACUCUACUGAGUAGUGUUCUGGUCAUUUUCUGAAUUUGGUCUAAUGGAACUUAGGAAGGAGAGUAGUGUUCUAGUCAUUUUCUUUGGUCUGAUGGAACUGAGGAAGGAGUUGAGGAGACGAUUUUUUAGUUCCCAGUGUUUGCAAAGGAGAACUCUGGACUGGAUAAUGAUAUCAUCAGAUGUUUUUGAGCUGUCA